AUGGAGGCGCCCAGCGCGCCCCUGCCCAACUCCGUGGUCCCUGGACACGGAACCGAGCAGCGCAGCGGCACAGACAAGUGUCUACUGAACUCCACCAGGCAUGACGAUGACAAAUGGGAUAAACUCCGGGACUGCCUGCUAGACGAAGAUCCUGACAAACUCCUCACAGAAGCCAUAGAAGGAAGGAAAGUGAAGAACAGCAGCUCCUGCUGCUCAGGACAGAAGUUUUCUCUAGGUCAUUCCACGAAAUCAGAAGAUACACAGAGUCACGUCAUCCAGAAAAUGAGCUUCCUUUCUCUCACAGGGCCUGGAAUUUUGGGAAACUUGAUUAUGCUUUUGAAACAUGUACGUAUACUAGUCCUGAGUCAUGAGAAAAAUUCCAUAGAUCUUAUCCUCAUUCAAUUGGCUAUUUCAAACAUUGUCAUUAUUUGUACCACAGGAAUCAGAGACAUAACCACAGUGGUGUAUUUUAGUAACUUCCUACUAGGUGAGACUGUUUGCAAAAUCAUGGUUUACCUGAGUAGGGUGGCACGGGGCAUUUCCAUCUGCUCCACCUGCCUCCUCAGUGUAGUCCAGGCCAUCACCAUCAGUCCCAGGAACACCUUGUGGAGAAAGUUCAAACCACACACUGCAUGGCAGGUUCUUCCCCACCUCCUCCUCUUCUGGAUCUUUAGCUUUCUCAUAAGCUCUAACUUACGGCACUACAUCACAGCAGUCAACAACAAGAAUGGAUCUAAUGUUAGAAUGUAUGUUGGUUAUUGCUACAUGCUGCCAGCUCCACAAAUCAUCAGGUGGCUCUUCCUCUGUCUCAUGGCUCUUCGAGACCUCACCUUUCAGACUCUCAUGGGCUGGAGCAGUGUGUACAUGGCUCUCUAUCUGUACAAACAUCACAAGCGUGUCCUCUACCUCCAGAACUCCAGGUUUGCCAAAUAUCCCAGCCCAGAGAUCAGAGCCACUCAGAGUACUCUCAUUCUCAUGACCUGCUUCCUGUUCUUUUAUUGGACAGAUUUCAUUUUCUCCUUACACAUAGGGAUCACAUUGUCAGAGGAAUCAACCACAUUACAUGCUAAAAUACUUCUAGAAGUUGGUUAUUGCAGUCUGAGUCCCUUUGUCCUGAUCAGCAGGGGUAUUCAUAUAACUAAAUGCUGGAGUGCUCACUGA